AUGAAGACCAAUUUGUCAUAUAACUGUCUGGCACCUCAUUUAUUAAAUUUACGCAUUGCCGGCUGUUUUUAUAUUGAUCGGGGGUCGCCAAAAUUGCACAAAAUUUUUCACUUAUGCUUCAUGGGUGUUACUAUUUCAUGCAUGCUUCUUUUUACCGCACAGCAGGCCAUUAAAGUUUUUAAGGUAAGGGAUGAUAUGGAUAAAGUUAUGGAGACAAUGUUUUUAUUCCUCACCCAUACCGAUUCGAUUUACAAGCAAGCUGUGACCUUGUUAAGAGCGAAAGAAAUUCAGGAACUAUUGGAUAUCAUGAAAGGUCCAUUGUUCAACCAAGGAGAGCCUGACCACGAAAAAUAUUUCCAAGAAACAGCACGCCACGGAAAACUUCUUCUGCAAGCUGACAACUAUAUGGCUUUAUGUACUUGUUUCCUUUGGGUUCUAUAUCCAUUUAUCCUACACGUCCAAGGAAAAUUAGUGGAGUUCGCAAUCUGGCUACCGUAUGACGCCAACGUAGAUCCGAAUUUCUACCUGACGACAUUGUAUGUAUGGAUUUUAACUUCUUGGUUGGCGUUUUGUAACACAACAAUUGACGUAACAGUUGCUUUUUUCUUGGCACAAUGUAAAACACAACUUUCCAUACUCAGAAAUAACCUUAUCUUUUUCGUUGAGAGGAGCAAAAAAGAAUGUUCAGUCACAAAGGAAGGUUUUGCAGAUGUUGUGCGCAUACGCUUUGAAAAUAUAGUAAAACACCACGUACAAAUUAUAUACUUUACAAGAAAAAUUCAAGAAAUAUUUGGUAUUGUCCUGGCAUAUCAGUUCUUAAUUAGUGGUUGGAUCAUAUGUACUUCUGUUUAUAGAAUGGUUGACGUAAAUCCAGCUUCGGUCCAAUGUUGGUCAAUGGUUUUAUAUAUUUGUUGCAUUCUCAUGCAAGCAUCCUUGUACUGCUACUACGGUAAUGAAGUCACUUAUGAGAGUCAAAAACUUAUGGAAUCCGCUUAUUUUAUGGACUGGUUAGACACCCCACUCGAACAUCGAUAUAACCUCAUUUUUUUCAUGGAAAGAGCGAAGAAACCUAUUGUACCUCUUGCAGGGUUCAUAAUUCCACUUUCUAAUGAUACAUUUGUUUCGAUUGUCAGAAGUUCUUACUCAUUUUAUGCUCUUUUGAGGAACACCGGGAAAAAGUAAAAGAAUCCUGAAUUAAGAAACUCACCUACUUAGUAUCUAGUACCCACCUACUAAUCAACUAGAAACACGAAGUU